UAGUUGGUCUGCAUUAACUACAAACCCAUUGUCCGAAUUUCGGACCAAACGUGGAAGAAGACCGAAAAACAUGGAGCAAUCAAUGUAAGAAUGAGAGACAACUCAAAGAAAAAAAAAAAAAAGUCAAUACAUUUUGAAAUCCAGAAUCUCCGAUUUUUCGGUUCUACUUCACCCAAUCCCACGAAAUUCAAAACCCAGUUUUGUAAACCUUGUUUCUCCAAUCCCCAGAUCUCAAAUUUGAUUACAUUUCCCUCUUUCGAUUCAUUUUUGCCAUUAAAGUUGAGUUCUUUUUUUGCUUCAUUGUUAGGCUUCCUGUCUUUAGUUCAUCUUAAAUUUACCUACAGAUUCCCCAAAUUUUGAGGGAAUUUAUCUCAUUUUCCCUUCCAUUGAUUCUCUAUCUUGGAUUCUUCAAAUCAUGGGAAUCCAAAACGACAUAGUAAAGUUCAACGUAGGCGGCAGAAUCUUUCAAACGACGGCUACUACACUUGCAAACGCCAACCGGGAUUCGUUUUUCGGUGCAUUGUUCGACGACAAUUGGGACUUAAAACAACCGAUCAACGGCCGGGAAUUCUUUAUCGAUCGAAACCCAGACUGUUUCGCGGUCCUCCUCGAUCUCCUCCGCACCGGCGAUCUAUACAUCCCUUCCAAUGUCCCCGAACGGCUUCUUUACAAAGAAGCCAUGUUUUACGGUUUAAUAGGCCAUGUUCGUUCGGCUAAGCGUGGACCCUUUGAUGGUAAUAGGUUAAAGCUAUCAAAAUCAGUGACAGGUCGAGCCCCAGGGGAUGGAACCGCCAUCAGAGCCGGUCCAGAUGGUGGCUGCUGUGUGGCUCAUGGUAGCAUGGUCCAUGUUUUUGAUUGGAUGUUGGAAGAACACCCCCCAUUGAAUCUGGAUUACCAGAGAGUCAACGACAUAGGUUGGGUCAACGCUGAGAGUGUCUUGAUCAGUGCUUGUGAAAGGCUAGGGAGAGGAGAUAGUGGGAUGGGGUUGUUCAGUUCAUAUACUGGUGACUUGAGGUACAAGUUUAAUGUUGUUCAUGAUAAUCAAAUCAAGAGCUACACAGCUGGGGCAUUGUGUUUCAGCCCGGAUUAUAAGAUUUUUGCAAGCUGUAAAGGGAGGAGCAAUGAGUAUGGGAUUGGGGUUUGGGACCAAGUCACUGGCAAACAGAUUGAUUUCUUCUAUGAAACACCUGGUUGGUCUCUUGGUGAAGCUGAUAAACUACAAUGGCUAAAUGGAACCACCUGUCUGUUAGUUGCUACUUUGUUUCCCAGGAAAGACAACUGUUACAUCAGUUUGCUUGAUUUCAGACAGAAAUCAACAGUCUGGUCUUGGUCCGACUUUGGUGCUCCUUUAACCGUUGACGAGAAAAGGGCGAGGGAUGCCAUUGCAAUGGAGGACUGUAAUUCUGUAUGUGUUGUGAAUGAGUAUGAGGAUUUGGGGUUCAUUGAUUUGAGGAUCAGUGGGAGAAGUGUGAGGUGGAGCUCAAGGAGUAGGUUGAUGAAAGGGAAAAUGCCAGAUGAGCCUUGCUACCCCAAACUGGCAUUGCAUAAUGGCCAGUUGUUUUCAUCCAUGAAUGAUUCCAUCUCGGUGUUUUGCGGUCCAGAUUGGGUUCUAACAUCUAGGCUUCGAAGGAGCUAUGGUGGUUCGAUUUGUGAUUUUUCGAUAGGGGGUGAUCGGCUCUUUGCACUUCACAGUGAGACUAAUGUGUUUGAUAUUUGGGAAACUCCACCAACGCCGGUUAUAUGAUUGAGGUCAUGGUUUCAUUACAGUAGCACUGUUUUUUUCUCUUAUUUUUUGGAUAUACAGUCAUCUCAUAUGGAGGAUCAACUUAUAGUUAAAACAAAUAUCAUAGGUUAGACAAAAAGUUUUGAAGGGUGAUAUAUAUAUAUAUAUAAAGUUUGUGUCUGUAUAUAGCUUGCUUGCUAUUUCAAAGAAAUGAACUGAUUGCUAAA